UCUCAGCUGCCUCACCUAUAGGGACAAUUGAGGCCAGAGCACCGACACGACUAGAAACGCUCGGACCGACGCUAAGCAAGGCUGAUCUGAUUCCAGCGCCGCCGCCAACUCGAGGCCACCACAGGCUGAGAUGACCUUUACUCCCCAAGCACCCGAUAUAUCACCUCUGCCCAAGGUGGGUGAUCACAGCUCCACCGGUGACAAAAAGGAGGCCGGGGGAGUUGCGACCUUGGGCGGCUGACUCCGUGACCCCGCAUACGCCGCUGCUUCUCACCAGUGGUCGGCACCUCCCGAUACCAGGCGCGGUAGAGCUCGCGCACCCUCCGCUUGGCCUCGUUCAUGUCCCGGCUGAAAAUGGGCUUCACGGAGGUGCUGGCCGCCGCAGCAGCCCGCCGGACGCCGCUAGCCGCCAUCUUGCUAAAGAAAGCCACCCCCUUCCUAGCCCCACCCCUCUUCGAUCCCGGAGUGCGGCCAAAGGACGAAUAGCUUUUCUCAUUGGCUAAAAUUGAUCGCCUCGCCCCCAAACUCCGAGUGGGCGGGAGAACAGCUCCGGAGCUCUCCGAUUGGCUGAAAAACCUUGUUCCUGAGUGGGAGACCGGCUGGUAGGGACUGCGCAUGCUCACGUGAAGAAUCGCACGCUUGGCGGUUUGUUACCUUAGAGAUCGCUCUGAGACGCUGGUGCCGUCGCCAGGAGGUUCUUGGGCCUCGGGGUGGCUCAAGGGCUGCGAGCGAGCGCUAGGGUCGCGGAGCUGCUGCCCGGCUUCCCACCUGGGUCCGGCCCGUUGGGCGUGCGGCCUCGAAGAGCUUCCUCGGUCGGCUCCCUGGGCGCGGGCCGCGGGCCUCCUGAGGCGGCGCCGUGGCGAAUAAUCGCGCCCCGCUACCGGCUCUCUGCCUUGUCCCGUUAGCACCUUUUCUACAGCAACAUUUUUCCCCCUUCUAUCAGCCAACUCUUUACUAGUGCAGUGUAGGUGACAAAGCGCUUUCCUGGCCAUAAGUUUCUUGGCGCUGCUCCACAUGUCUGGGAGGCAGGCAUGGACAUCAUCCUAAACCCUGGAUUUCUGAAAAGCGGCCCAGGAUUUUGGAGUCAAAAGGAAUCCUAGAUGGUCCAUUCCGGGCUGCACACGGCACCUGGCACCUUGCAGAUGCUCAGUCAGCAUUGAUGGCACUGAAUUGAACCCUGGAGAUGCCUCCAGAGGUGCUGUGUCUGGCUGGUGGGAGCUUCAUGCCACCCCAAGGAAACUAACCUGCUGCUCUGGCUGAGGUUGGAGGGGCUGUCCUGUCAUAAAGCCCCCUGAGACAUGAUGUCACACAGACACCACUUCCUGAGAAAAGGGGGCUUGUGUCCUGGACUCCCAGACUUAACCAAUUGCCAGUGCUCUUCUCAGGCUUGGUCGUGGAGCCUGGGAGGAGGUGGGCAGCUGCCUGGACACUGAUGUAUCAAAGGAUAUUCUGCAAAUUGCUGACUUCAUCAAGGUUGGCAUAUUUGUCUGAAAAUGGUGUUUGGUCUGUGCUGCCAGAGAGAGAGGCUCUGCAAGUCCCUGUAUGCUGUACAAGUCUUCAUUCUUGCAGGAGUGGUGUACUACUAUUUCCAGGGAUCUAUGCAGAAAACACAGCCUGACCUUGAGAUUGCUGGGGAGCCCUCACAGCCCAUAGGGGAGACCUUAAGACCAGUGUGGGGGCUGAUGGAUAAGUGCUACCCUGUGACCAUUCAGCAACGCAACACCGAGUAUGAGAAGAAGCAGACUUCUGAGGCCAUGACCCACCGGGCACCCAGAGGCCUGAAUGAUGCUGCUUGUAAGAAGAAAGCUGAUGCUGUGCCUCAGGAGGAUGGGGAGGAAAAGAAAAAGGUCGGAAAGGAGGUUGCUGUUUAUCCUUCUGGUAAAAUUGCUGACCCCAUCCUGCUGCAACAAGACUGAAUUCCUUCCUAAUCCAGGUGACCUGCUGGGGUCACUGAUAGCCAAGCCCCUGAGGGUCCUUUCUUUCUGGGGGUUGGGGGUGGGAAAGGGAUGAUGCCCAGCUAGCCAGGUGCCCUUCCCACCCUGAAUAUGCCUGUCCUGCUCUCCUGCUUCCUCCCUGGGUCAGGAGGAUGUGGAGCUACUCCCCUUGAACUGGCUGAGCACGUGUUCUUUUAGCAAUGCUAACCUGGACAUGGGGUUGGGCCUCCCCACCACCCCAGGCACUGGAAGCUACCCUGGCCCUGGGAAUAGGUUCUCCAAGCAAGAGACGCACAGUGCCUCCCUGUUUGUGUUUUUUAGAGGCCUCUGAGUUGGAGGGCAAGGAGAAUAGGCCCGGGGGCUGGGUCCUCUAGCUCCUGAGGAAGAUCAGGCUGAGCUGCUUCCCAGCCUCCAAUGCCUCCAAGGUUCAGAACCAAAAAUGACCAAGUGACCAAUAAAUUCCACAAGUUGCUGCCUCUGUGGGCCUGACUGCC